GCCGGCUCUUCGCACGGGCAUUGCAGUCGGCUACGACUGGCCAGCGGCGAGCAGAGCCAGAGGUAUCCGAGAUUGCAACCGUGGCCCCGGCGCCUAGGGAGAUGUGGGUGGCCCACCCCAAAGAGAGUGAUAUUCACUCUAAGAUGUGCAGUACCGGGCGGGUCGACCCCUUCGAGGUGGGGUAUGCGUGCACCAGCAUCCCUGACCAUCAGCCCGACGGCAGGGCCGCCAAUCAGCCUUUGAGUCGAGUCUGGCAGUCUGCCAAAGUCCUCGAUCACGCGGUGGACAAGGUCGUCUACAUCGGCCACGAGCAGCCCGUUGAAGUCUUUCGGGCAAAGCUCCCGAGCGGCCGCGAGCAGCUCCUGACGACGGAGGGGUGGAAGCUCUGGAUCUUGCAGCGGUCCGCCCUCGCACGGUGGCCGAAGAAGGCCAUCAUCCCGACGAAGAUCCUCAUGGACGAGGACGAGGUGAAUGAGAAGAUAAAGAACGCCGACAUCCCCGACGAUGUAGAUUCCACUUACAUGCAGUCCGAGGAUGGGGCGCGCACCUUGUUUUCCUGGAGGGCCGUGAUGGCGAGCAAGUCCAAGGCUAAGUGA